AUGCUUGCUUUUACAAGCAGCCAAGUUAUGCGGCUCGAGUCUCUGUUCAAGUGGCUUGGUAUGGGAAAGAAACACUUAACUCGCAAUGUAGAGCACAGGGUUGAAUGGCCUUACAGAAAUAUACCGCAUGAGAUUGAGUGGGACAUAGGUCAGAAAGCCGAGGCUCUCCUACGCAUCGCAGCUUAUUUCAGAAGCCGUCAAACGAUAUCAAUCAAUCAAAGAAACCUAACUCUCCGGUCUUUACGAGCAGCCAAGAUGAUGGAAGUGGAGGAUAUGUUCUCCGAGACAAAGCUAGGAGAUGGUCACCACAAACCGGAUAAUCCAAGUAUCUACAUCACAGACACCUACCCUCAGCUGAAAAUGGUAAAUUCGGGUAGCUGGCAGGAAAGCGCACUUGUGGCCUAUGUUCCAGCCGACAAGAAGCAACGACAGUUUGCAAUUACCGUUGCAUUGCCUCGUCUAUUGAUGGAUUGGCUCAUGACAGGACGGGAGGCUUACUGCUGGAGCUUCGUUGAUGUACCCGAUCUCGGUGUGAGCCUUGUAAAGAGUGUAUUGAGUGCACCUCCUGAGUUGGCCAAUGACAUACUUGAGGCUGAAGGUAUUCAACAGCCCCUUGCAUAUCUAGAAGGCAGAAAUCCAAACAUAAAAGAAGAAUGCUUGGAUCAGACGGAGGCCCAGGAGGCGGAGGCGCCACUCCAAACGACGCGUACACCAACGUCAACAACACCAGAACCAGUACCAGCACCAGAAGUUAAUAUUCCUCUGGCUGAUUCUCCCGCUUCUCAAAUACCCAAUUUCAAGCAGGCUGUAAACCUGGACGCGUUGCUAAGCAUUGUUCCAGUUCCUGGAAGCGCGUCAGGGCAACAGAGGCAAAAACGACGACCUGCUACCAGUGAUUCGGCAUCUUCAGGAUCUCCUCCCCCAUUGGCAGAACUUUGCUCGGCUCAUAACCAACUUGUGUACAAUCUCUUGAGCUGGCUUGCGCAGGUCAAUUGCGAAUCCCAGUCUCAAAUACCUCGUCCUGCUGCCAGUGAGCACUGCUCUGUGUAUUACCUCGAAGGACAGGACCUUAAGCGUCUUAGGGACUUCUUCCCUUCGACUUUGUUGAGGAGGCAGAAGCCAAACAGUGAAACCACAACUACCGACGUUUCGAACAAUAGAUCCACGGUCCCUCUCAACCGAACAGCAGCAGCUUAUCCCUCGGACCAGGGACAGCCACACUCUUCUCCUAUGGUCAUGGCCGCCAUGCCCAAGGCGGAGUCUGAAGAGAGUCGAGUAUUUGUACCCACCGGAAACGAUGACUUUCACAUGGAAUUCAACCUUAGCAUUGCAGCAAAGCCUCGACAUAUCCCCAAGUCCAAUUCACGGAGAAGGACCAUGCUUCGUCCUCCCCCCUGUUCCCUCUGUUCCUCCUGGUGCGUCCACCAUCGAUGCCCCAACCCACGGCCUCGGGCUCCUCAAAAUGUCAGUUGUUGA